AUGUUUAUUAAGUUGGUCAUUGGUGAGUGCACCCUCAAUGUAGUUAGCGUUUACGCACCGCAAACGGACUUGGAUGAGGAGGUUAAGAGGCGCUUUUGGGAGGGCCUGGAUGAGAUUGUGCGUAGUAUUCCUCCUACUGAAAGGUUAUUUAUUGGAGGGGAUUUUAAUGGCCAUAUUGGGGCGGCUGCUGGUAGUUAUGGCGAGGUGCAUGGUGGCUUUGGCCUUGGGGAUAGGAACGGAGGAGGUACNUUGUUAGACUUCGCUAAGGCUUUCGAGCUGGUGAUUGCGAACUCAACUUUUCCGAAGAGGGAGGACCAUCUGGUUACUUUCCAAAGUUCGGCGGCGAAGACUUAUAUCGAUUACCUUCUCCUCAGAAGGUGUGAUAGAGGGUUGUGCAAGGAUUGCAAGGUUAUCCCGGGAGAGACCCUCACGACUCAGCAUAGGCUCUUAGUGAUGGACAUCGGCAUUAUGAUGAAGAGGAAGAAGAGGAAGGCGGCGAGAGAGGUGUUAGGUGUAUCGAAGGGUUUUUCUGGUAGGCAACAAGGAUACUGGUGGUGGAAUGACAUAGUCCAAGGUAAAGUGGAGGCGAAGAAGGUAGUGUACGCGAAGUUGGCAGGGAGCUCAAGCGAGGAGGAGAGGAUAGCGAAUAGAGAGAGGUACAAAGUGGCUAGGAAGGAGGCGAAGCUGGCGGUCACGGAGGCUAAGAAUGCAGCGUUUAGUCAUAUAUACAAGGAAUUAGGGGAGAAAUGA